AUGAAAGGCCGUGAUAUGGCGGGCAAAUUGCUCAAGAAGAAAUCAAACUCUGGUAACCUAGCUUUGCAACUUUAUUUGAAGGUGCACGCUCUGGUUACCGCGCAGAAAAAUGAGGAGGAGGACUACUUGCCAUAUGUGCGUGAGAUGAUUGCCCUGAGCAAAAGUUAUGAGAAGCCAUCCAAUGCAGCCGUGGCAAUUUCCAAGCAGCUGAAUAAGCCUGCUGCAAAACCCAAGGCCAAGGCAAAGGCUAAGGACUGUAGAGGACAUCGACAGCGCUGGAGUAGCCAAUGUGGCGGAAAAGAUUGGAUCUGGGAAGCUUUCCGUCAAGACAGCGGCUUCUUGCGCAGCGGCCUUCGUGCAGGAUGGGUGCCACAAGGCGCUUCUCGAAACCAUGACUUGAGUCUUGAAGUAAUGGCCCUCGUCUUGGUCAUGGUUUGUUCUUGCGUCAAUGAGUCAAUGAGCGGUCGAACAGUUCCCUGCACAGGAAACGUGACCGCAUUGCAAUUGGCAACGUCGCGUGAACGUGACCUCUUUCGGUGGUUGAAGCUACCGCUCACUAUCUACAAUACUGAGCUGCCCUUGCUACAGGACGCUGCAAAGAGUUCUAUUGAGAAGCACGUUGCUCUCCAGCCAGUGGCGAUUGUGCUUCCCAGUGAUAUGCUGCGAGCGCUGCAAGAAGCUGGCCCGGAGGCACUGCGGUCUACCCGUGGCACCAAACAUGUCAUGGAGGAAUGCCUGGGGUCCCAGCACGACUUUAAAGCGCUUUGGCGUGCCUCUGGGUGCGAGGACAUGGCUUUGUCGGAUUUCAUUCCCGUGAUUAUCCAUGAAGUGACAGACGAGACAAGAGAAGCUACGUGUCAAAUAUUGGCUUGGGAUUUCAAGCAAAUGGAGGCUGGGAAAUUUGACCUACUCAACCAUUUGGGGAAUUUUCAUAGUUUGGGUUCUGCAAGAGAAGGGUUGGGAGGGAGCGACAUUCCCGCCCGUGGAGCUUUCAUGUAUUGGAAAGGCGACAUGGAAGCCCAUGCUUACAGCCAUUACCUGACAAAAACAAGGCGGUAUUUCAAGUGUUUGCAAUGCUGCGACUUCUGUCUGGGCACUUCGGACAGGCGAUGCCCAGAAUUGUCAUGGGCGGAUGUAACCCUCCGAGCGCUCUGGAGGAGUACGCUGACGCUGACAGACGACAGUGAUCCCUCUCCAUGGGUGCGUGUGCCCCGGUUCCAGAAAGACAGAAGACUCUUGGACCUUCUGCAUCUAGUUCAUUUGGGAACCAUGAGAGAUGUGAUUGCUUCAUCCAUU